AUGGCUGAUGGCAACGACGACCCGGAGGGCUCGCCGGGCCCGGCCCACGAGGGCUGCGAGGCCGCGGAGCUCGCCUGCCCCGCCGAGCGCAGCGGCCACGUAGCCGUGGGCGACGGGCGCCGCAUGUUCGUCUGGGGCGGCUACAAGAGUAACCAAGUCAGAGGAUUAUAUGACUUUUAUCUGCCUAGAGAAGAACUAUGGAUCUAUAACAUGGAAACUGGAAGAUGGAAAAAAAUGAACGCUGAAGGUGAUGUUCCUCCCUCCAUGUCAGGAAGCUGUGCUGUGUAUGUAGACAGGGCGCUGUACUUGUUUGGAGGACACCAUUCUCGAGGCAACACGAAUAAGUUCUACAUGCUGGAUUUAAGGUCUACAGACAGAGUAUUACAAUGGGAAAGAAUUGAUUGCCAAGGAAUUCCUCCGUCGUCAAAGGAUAAACUUGGUGUCUGGGUAUAUAAAAACAGGUUAAUAUUUUUUGGAGGGUAUGGAUAUUUACCUGAAGAUAAAGUAUUGGGAACUUUUGAAUUUGAUGAAACAUCUUUUUGGAAUUCAAGUCACCCAAGAGGAUGGAAUGAUCAUGUACAUAUUUUAGACACUGAAACAUUUAUCUGGAGUCAGCCUAUAACUACUGGUAAAGCACCUUCACCUCGCGCUGCCCACGCCUGCGCAACAGUUGGAAACAAGGGCUUUGUGUUCGGAGGCAGAUACCGGGAUGCUAGAAUGAAUGAUCUUCACUAUCUUAAUCUGGAUACAUGGGAGUGGAAUGAAUUAAUCCCACAAGGCAUGUGCCCAGUUGGCCGAUCUUGGCACUCACUGACACCAGUUUCUUCAGAUCAUCUCUUUCUCUUUGGAGGAUUUACCACUGAUAAACAGCCACUAAGUGAUGCCUGGACUUACUGUAUCAGUAAAAAUGAAUGGCUACAGUUUAAUCACCCCUACACUGACAAACCAAGAUUAUGGCAUACAGCUUGUGCCAGUGAUGAAGGAGAAGUAAUUGUUUUUGGUGGAUGUGCCAAUAACCUUCUUGUCCAUCACAGAGCUGCACACAGUAAUGAAGUACUCAUAUUUUCAGUUCAACCAAAAUCUCUUGUAAGGCUAAGCUUAGAAGCAGUCAUUUGCUUUAAAGAAAUGUUAGCCAACUCGUGGAACUGCCUUCCAAAACACUUACUUCACAGUGUUCAUCAGAGGUUUGGUAGUAACAACACUUCUGGGUCUUAG